GGCAAGGCUCUUUUGCGACGGGACGUAAGUGACGGCGAAGGUGGUACGACAGCUGCUGGAGGGCCGAGGAGGCGGAGCGGCGGGUCCUGUCCUCGCCAUGAGGCCGCAGCAGGCGCCGGUGUCCGGGAAGGUGUUCAUUCAGCGAGACUACAGCACUGGCACGCGCUGCCAGUUCCAGACCAAGUUCCCCGCGGAGCUGGAGAACAGGAUUGAUAGACAGCAGUUUGAAGAAACAGUUCGAACUCUAAAUAACCUUUAUGCAGAAGCAGAGAAGCUUGGGGGCCAGUCAUAUCUUGAAGGCUGUUUGGCUUGUUUAACAGCAUAUACCAUCUUCUUAUGCAUGGAAACUCAUUAUGAGAAGGUCUUGAAGAAAGUCUCCAAAUACAUUCAAGAACAGAAUGAGAAGAUAUAUGCUCCUCAAGGCCUCCUCCUAACAGACCCCAUUGAGAGAGGACUUCGAGUUUUUAGAUUGAAAUCACCAUCUAUGAAGACAGAGGUGUGAGCAGUGGAAGAUAAACUGCAGAAUUACAGAUCCCACCUCCAGCUGGGACCUUCGUCUAUCCACUGGCCGAUGGCAGAGUGUCCCUACCUCCUCUCCAGAGCGUUAUUCUCCUGUCUCUGCUGCCAGAGCCACGGUGCCACACCUGGAGUGACUGCGUCACUCAGCAUCCACUUUGUGUCUCCCGAUUGUGUAGGACUCUGUGAUCUUUUGAUUUGUUUCCAAGAAAAUAAAGGAAGCAAUUCACUUUUUAAAAUUCAAAGCCAUUUAAAAAACAGGCAGUUGGUCAGCCCAAGACAAAGUCA